AGCCGUCAUGACGCUCAGCUGCUCAGCAGCCGCCAAUUGGUGGAGUGACUGAGCCAAUCAGAGGACCGGAGCUCAGCGGUUUGUUUCCGCUGGUUUGAAUUUGAUAGAGUGCGGGAGCGUCAGGUGGAGGCUGUUGGUGCGGCUGCUGCGUUUUAUUUCUACAAUCUGUGACGGAUCUGCUCCUACUUCCCGGGUGCAUAGAUAAAGCUACGUUUCGCCCCUAGUGAGCGCAGAAACAUGGAUAUCCAAUCUCAGUAUGCCGGCCUUUAUAAAAAGAACUCCAGCAUAGACCACAUAAGAGCAAAAGUUGCCCGACGUAAAUCUAUAACGCAGAAGGAGAACAGACACAGAGCGUUCAGAAAGAGCAGAGGACUGGCACUGGCAGAUGUAAAUAUCUCUCCUGUAAAAGAGCAGGACCUGACCGUGGUAGAAGAGGCAAAUGAAUCCGGUCAUGGAAGAAGUGGAACUAAACCAGAUGCUAUUAAAGCUAAAGAUGUGGUAACAAAUGAGCGACGUGCGAUGCUUCAGCGUUUUAAAGAAGAAAAGCAACAGCGAAAGUUAAAGGAACAGCAGGAAAAAGCCAAAAGGGGCAUCUUUAAGUGUGGAAUCUACAAGGCAGACAACCCCUUUGUUCCAGUCAUCGCCCCUCAGAAUGCUGUUAAAGUUAAACAAAAGGAGAAGCUCGCUGCCCCUUCUGUGACCAGGGUUACACGGUCCACAGCCAAGACAGACAGACAAACGCAGCCAGUCUCGGUAGCUGUGCAUAAAGCCUCAGCUGAUCGGACAAUUACAAGAGGCCGUGGACAGAGUUCCACUGUGAAAGGGAAUGAGAAAGAAAACAAAGUCUAUGGCGUUCCACCUGCAACCUCUACUAGAUCAAGUGCAAUGACUGCAACCAAACACUCUAUCACUACAAGAUCAACUGUGAUGACUGCAUCAAAGUUAUCCACUGCUUCUACUAAAGUGACCACAUCUAAACCAUCCACCAGUGCUAAAGCACCAUUGAAGAAAACUGCAGCUGCUGCAAAGUCUCAAAAGAAGACGACCAACGACUUGGAAGAAGAAAUUGUCUUCGAUAAUACAGAACAUCCUGUGGUUGAUCAGUUGAGUAACAAAUUACUGGAAGAAACUGUUGCCCUGAAAGACACCGCAGCAGAAAGAGUGGCCAUAGCAGACACCUCAUCCUUUGUACAUGAAAGGAAGCCAUCUUUUGCUCCGGACAAUUUUGUUUUCCAGCCACUGCAUGGCCUGUCUGCUCUCAAAUUUCCACCCAUGACGCCUACCCGGGCUAAUGCAUUUCUGACGCCUUCAUGUACUUGGAGCCCUAUGGCGAGUAAAAGCCAGUUUGUCGUUACACGAAAACACCACACCGAAGAACAUAAGUCUGGCCAAGUGUCUCCUCCUGAACUAUCUCUUAAAGCCACAGAUGUGACGCAAGACACAGACAUCCUCUCUGCCCCUCCAGUAAAAGAAUGCACAAGUGACAGAAGUUCAGCGGUAGCGGCUGGUGCUCCAGUGACUCUUCCCUCUUGUGAACCUAUCCCUCAUUUUACGGACAUGGAUAACAAGUCUGCACAACAAGAGGAGCUACAACAUGACGUACCUUACUUCAGAGACAUCCUGAAGUCUGAGAUUCAGAAGCUGAAAUUGCUGUGCAGCGAGUGGGAUGAAAGAGUUGCUAUGGAUAUUCCGGAAGAUGCUAAAGCCCUGAUCCGGACCACAGUUGGACAAACGAGACUACUAAUGAAUGAACGGUUUAAGCAGUUUGAAGGUCUAGUUGAUCACUGUGAAUUUAAGACCGGUGAAAAGGAAACGACGUGCACAGAUCUUGAGGGGUUUUGGGAUAUGAUCUACUUUCAGAUAGAGGAUGUUUCUAGAAAGUUUGUCAACCUUGGAAAGAUGGAGGAGAGCUCCUGGCAACAGAAUGCAGUCCAGGCUAAGAAGAUUGUAAAAAAAAAAAUAGCACCGGCUGCAACAGUCAAACAAAGUCAAGGGGACAACGGCAGAGCAGCAGCAAGAAAUCGCCUUGCCGCCAUUAAAGCUGCGCUGAAAAAUAAAAGUAAAACAGAGGAGCAGGUCUCGGACCCUGCAGUCUCCGAAUUGCCCAUGCAAGCAGAGCCGGUCGUAUUUGAUGCAGGAUUCUUCCGGAUUGAGAGCCCUGCUAAACUGCCAAGCAGUCUCAGAAAAAUAGACCGGAGUUCUUCCCGGACAUCCAGUACACCCAAGAAGGUUCCACAGAACUCCAUGAAUCCAGCUAAUAACGUGGAAGACUUGCAAGUACAGAAUUCACCAAGCCAUGUAGAGUCUCCCCUAAGGAAAGCACUGUUUGCUGCAGAUGCAAGUUUGCAGAAACCGGAAACAAACGCUAUGGUUAUUACGUCUGACAAUACAGAGUCGGACACCGUGCUGCAAGUAGUUGAUUUGACAAAGUAUUUAGUUCCAGGCGAAGCUGUUGAAGUAGAAUAUAAGGAGUUCAGUUUAACAUCCUGCCUGCAGGAACACCAUACAAGCCCAUUAGUGGAUGACGUUUUCAUGGGCAGCCCAGAAAAAGCUGUACAUAGUACAAAGAGUGACGACUUGGGAAGCCCUAAAGUUGGCCCAGAUGAAGCAGUGGGAGUUAUGAUCGAUCCUCUAGACUUCCUUAGAAGCUGCACGCCAACUAUGGUAAACCAUGCCCCCUUGUGGCUUCAAUCCACCACUGCAGCCUCCGAUUUAAUAGUGUUUUCACCACUGGAAAAGUAAUACCUGUUCCUAAGAUGAUGCUGCAGCGACAUUAUCAGAAUUGUACAGACUGGAAAUCAUACACAGAACUUUCUUCAUAAAUAUUUUAUAUAGCUUGUUUUAUCAUUGCCAUAUUAGGUUUGUUUUAAAACUCCAUUUGUUUGCUCUAUUUUAAUAUGUAUAAUGUGCAGCUAAAUAUAUUUUAUGAAUUUGUGUGAAUUGUUA